AUGGACGAGUACACUAAUUUGCAUCAUCCAAAUUAUAUUCCUGGAACUUUCAACAUCUAUUCGUCCAGUAAUCUCGAAAACGGCAUUAUCUAUGGUUCUAGACUAAAAAAGAAUGAAUAUGGUGUUGUAUUGAUUCCACAACCCUCUGACUCGCCUAAUGAUCCACUCAACUGGUCUAAAUUGAGAAAAUUUGGACAUUUCGGGUUGAUGUCUUUUAUCACUGCUUUUACUGCAGCAACAAGUAACGAUGCUGGAGCAGCACAAGAUUCUUUGAAUGAAAUAUAUGGUAUUUCUUAUGAUGCAAUGAACACAGGUGCAGGUGUUCUGUUUCUUGGCAUAGGUUGGGCAACUCUAUUUCUGGCCCCUUUAGCAAACCUGUAUGGCAGAAAGGUAACUUACAUCAUUUGUACUACUUUGGGAUUAUUUGGAGCAUUGUGGUUUGCACUUGCCAAACGUACCAGUGACACUAUAUGGUCCCAACUCUUCGUGGGGAUAAGCGAAUCGUGUGCAGAGGCCCAGGUUCAACUCUCGUUGAGUGACAUAUAUUUUCAGCAUCAACUGGGUUCUGUUUUGACGGUUUACAUUUUAUGCACCAGUAUCGGUACCUUCCUCGGGCCUCUGAUUGCGGGAUAUAUAUCAUCUCUAACUACCUUUCGCUGGGUAGGUUGGGUUGCCGUUAUAAUUUCCGGUGCACUCCUUUUGGCCAUUGUAUUUGGUUGUGAGGAGACAUAUUUUGACCGCAACAGAUAUGUAACUCCCCUGACAUCCCAAAGGGUCCUCCAGAAUUUUGAAGACGGCACAACUCUGCAAGAUCGUAAAGAUGCAUGGGAUGAAAAGGGAGUGAAAGUUACUAAGAAUGAAGGUUCUCAAGAACUAAUGCAUCGCCGUGAAAGUGAUGAACUUCAAAGAACUAUUACAGCCCGUGAUGAAGUACUGAUUGAUGGUUCCAAGGAAAAAAUAAAAUGCUAUUCUCAGAGAGUAGCACUGAUCACCAAGGCUACAAAUCUUAAAGGAUGGGGAGUGAGGCAAUAUUUUAAAUAUUUAGGUCUAAAUCUUCGGAUGUUCCUAUUCCCUCCUGUAUGGCUAUCUGGUUUGUUUUGGGGGAUUCAAGAUGUGUUUCUUUCCUUCUAUCUGACUACUGAGGAGGAUACGUACUACGAUGCGCCUUGGAAUUAUAGUGAUUAUGGUGUAGCAAUAAUGAAUGUUCCCACUUUGAUUGGAGCUGUAAUUGGGUGCAUAUAUGCGGGUAUUGUAAGUGAUUAUUUUGUUCUUUGGAUGGCCCGCAAAAAUAAUGGUAUCCUUGAGGCGGAAUACAGGUUGUAUUUCUCUUUUGCCACUGCAAUAAUUGGUCCUGCAGGUCUACUGAUGUUUGGUAUUGGAACUGCGCAUGCUUUGCCGUGGCAGGUAAUGUAUGUUGGCUUAGGAUUUAUAGGAUUCAGUUGGGGUUGCUCAGGAGAUAUUGCGAUGUCAUAUCUCAUGGACUGCUACCCAGAAAUGGUCCUUGAAGGUAUGGUUUGCACAGCCAUAAUAAAUAACACCAUCUCCUGUAUUUUCACUUUUACUUGUUCUUAUUGGUUAGAUGCGUCGGGGACACAGAACACAUAUAUUGCUCUCGCAGUGAUCAAUUUUGGAAUUACAUUACUUGCAUUGCCCAUGUUUUUCUUCGGGAAGAGAUUUAGAAAGCUCACUAAGAAGUGGUAUAUUCAAUCUGUCGAGAUGAGAGAUGGACUAUGA